AUGCUUUCAAACUUCUUGUUCUUCAUUUGUAUACUAACUUCGUCUUUCAUUUUCACUGCUCAUUCUUAUAAUAACAAAUGCCUUCUUCAUCAGGAAAUCUUGUUGCUUCAGCUCAAGGAUGAGUUGAUCUUCAAGCCUUAUCGCUCAACAAAACUGGUGCGAUGGAAAGAAAGUGUUGAGUGCUGCUUGUGGCCUGGUGUGGAAUGUGAUGCUUCUAGCUACGUUGUUAGUUUGCAGCUUGAUGGUGAGGCCAUUUCUGGUGGAAUUGGGAAUUCGUCGAGUCUCUUCAAAUUUAAAUAUCUGCAGAAGCUUAACCUCGCCUACAAUGACAUCUCCUUGACUCUUCCCAUCCCAAAAGGUAUCGGCAAUCUGACCUAUUUGACACACUUGAAUUUGUCAGAAUCUGGUUUUGGUGGACAGGUACCCUUUGAAAUAUCAUUCUUGAAGAGAUUGGUUAUUCUCGAUAUCUCCAACGGGUAUACUCUAAGACUUGAGCACCCAAAUUUGGAGAUGCUUGUCCAAAACCUAACAGAGCUUAGAAAGCUCUAUCUUGAUUAUGUCUAUAUUUCUUCCUUGCAUGAAAGGAAAAAUUGGGGUCAUAUUAUAUCAUCACGUUUACCCAACCUCACCUCUUUGAGCAUGUCUAAUUGUAAUCUGUGUGGCCCUUUUCCUAAAUCCUUUCGGCAGCUUCAUUCCCUUUCCGUUCUUCAACUAGAUUAUAAUGAUUUUUCAGGGGUAUCACUCCAUGACUUGGUUCCCAAGUUUCCAAGUCUGACCACCUUGACUCUUUCUAGAUGCAAAAUGAAGGGUUCUAUUCCAUCGAGCAUUGCUAACCUAACCAAGCUGAUUCGUGUCGAUUUGUUUUUUAACUUCUUGACAGGCUCACUUCCUUCUACAUUGUUUGAAAGUUUUUCCGAUCUUGUUCAUCUUGAUUUGAGGCAUAAUUCGUUCUUUGGUAAUGUUCCCCAAUCUCUUUUUGCUCUCCCUUCAUUGUUGGAACUUGAUCUUAGUUACAACCAUUUUAAUGGAACUUUUCAACUCGACAACUUUCAAAGCCUUCCCAAUCUCACAUUGCUUUCUCUAUCCUGGAAUAGCUUGUCAGUUUAUACUGACAACAUUAAUUCUGAGUACAUAUGGAGGUCUCCGAUUAAAUGUGGUAACUCUGAAUUCAUGUAA